AUGGAGACUCCGACAGAACGCAAUGCACGGCAGCACGUAGAGAAGAUCCGCCGGGACACCCUGGGCGGAGUCAUGCCGGCACACGUUCCGAGAUGCUGCUUGAGAGUUGGCUCGAAAUUUGAUGACACUAUCCGACUCAUACGGCUCUACGCAAAGUCGACGCACUUUCUGCUGGAAAUCAUCCAGAAUGCGGACGACAACAAUUACAACUGCCCAACGCCAACACUGCGCUUUUCCUACCGACCUGGGAGCCUCCGGAUUGAUUGCAACGAAGCUGGCUUUACCGAGGAGAAGGUCGAAGCUAUCUGCGCCAUCAACCGGAGCACCAAGUCAGGCAAGACGUCGUAUGGCGAACAUAUCGGCGAGAAGGGGAUCGGCUUCAAAUCCGUUUUUAGGGUAGCCGAUGUGGUAUGGAUCUCGUCUGGCGCAUUCCGGUUCAAGCUGGAUAAAACCAGCGCAUUCCGGUUCAAGCUUGAUAAAACCAAGCGCCUAGGCAUCCUUCAGCUGACCAGAGGCGCCGAGGGCGAGGUCCUCAUGCACGAGCUUCUCAGUUUCGACGUCAACCUGCUCAUAUUCCUCAGGAGGAUCCAAGAAAUCAGUAUCUGCGUUGUUGGUCAGGAUGACGAAGCCAGGGAGUAG